CUGUCUUGUAAAAAAAAAAAAAUCACUGGAUGAGCAACACUACGUGAUCGCGAGAUCUUCAUCUAAAGUAAUGUUAACUUGAUAGUCAAAAAAAUUCUUCGAAAUGCAUAAAUUAAAGUCGUCGCAGAGAGAAAAGGUUCGGCAGUUCAUUGCGUUCACAAACACGGGUGAGAAGACUGCAAUUUACUGUUUACAACAACAUGAAUGGAAGCUUGAUGUAGCUUCAGAUAACUAUUUCCAAAAGCCUGAUGUGUACUACAGGGAACCCAAAGCAGCAGUUGAUAAAAAGACGCUUGAACAAUUGUAUAAAAGAUAUAAAGACCCCCAGGUGGAUGAUAAGAUCCUAGCUGAAGGAAUUUCUAGGUUUUGUGAGGACUUGAACCUAGACCCUGCCAGUAGACCUGUCCUCAUCAUUGCAUGGAAAUUCAAAGCCGCCACCCAGUGUGAAUUCACGCAUAAAGAGUUCAUCGAUGGCAUGACAGAGUUAGGGUGUGACUCAAUACAGACAUUGAGACUAAAAAUACCGUCAUUGGAAAAUGAACUCAGGGACACGUCCAAGUUCAAAGAUUUCUAUCAAUUUACAUUUAACUUUGCAAAGAAUCCCGGCCAGAAGAGCUUAGAUCUUGAAAUGGCCAUCGCUUACUGGAUUAUUCUACUAAAAGGAAGGUUCAAGUUCUUGGAUGAAUGGAUGCAAUUCCUCACAGAACACCACAAAAGGUCGAUACCAAGGGAUACAUGGAACCUGUUGCUUGACUUCAGUAAUAUGAUUGCUGAUGAUAUGAGUAAUUACGAUGAAGAAGGUGCUUGGCCUGUUCUAAUAGAUGCAUUUGUAGAGCACGUUAAACCCUCAAUACCCUGUAAAAGUACGGUAGUGUGACAUCGUGAAACAUCUCUCCUCCUUCCUGCUGCCGCCGCCGAUCGCGUCUUCAUCAGUUAUUUUCACGCUCCAAUUACACGCUGAAGGACAAAAGAGUACGAGCGACGACGCCUUGCACGCGACAAGGGACUUUCGCAACGACGUGUGAACUCUGCGGAGAGGCGCCGUGGACACUGUGUGUGAGGUUGCUGCGUAGGGGUAUCGCCUGGAUGAUUUUCUACAUGAUUUGUGUAUAAUAUAGAUCGCAAGUAUACCAUGCUUUAAACCGUGUUUGAACUUUCUAGUGUGAACGUAAGCUGCAUGAUGUUUACUA